ACGAUUAUGACUACAACAGCGAAUUGGGUGGCUAACGGGGCAAGCCUUGAGGACUGCCACUCCAACAUCUUCUCUCUGGCGGAGCUGACGGGCAUUAAAUGGCGUUGCUACAGCUUCCGCAGUGGCGGGGAGUACGGGCCCGUGAUCUCGGCCCCGGCCCAGGACGACCCGGUCCUGCGCAGCUUCAUGCGCUGCGUGCAGGCCAACCUGCUGUGCGUGUGGCGACGCAAGAUCAAGCCCGAUGCCAAGGAGCUGUGGAUCUUCUGGUGGGGCGAAGAGCCCAACCUCUCCGACGUCAUCCAUCAUGAGCUUGAAGUGGCUGAGGAGGGACUCUGGGAGUGCGGACUGUCCUACGAAUGCAGGACUCUCCUGUUCAAGGCCAUACACAACCUCCUGGAGAGAUGUUUGAUGGAUAAAGGGUUUGUGCGGCUCGGGAAAUGGUUCUUCAAGCCACACGAACUGGAAGAAAAGUCUUUGGGCAACAGUGAACACCUAUCAUGUUCCUUCUCCUUCUUCCUCCACGGGGAGAGCAACGUGUGCACAAGCGUGGAGAUCGCCCAGCACCAGCCUGCGUACCACAUCACAGAAAACCACAUCCGUCUCGCACAGACCUCCAUCACACCAGUGCAAGUGAUCCUGAGUCCGUACGGUCUGAGUGGCACUCUAACGGGUCAGGCCUACAAGAUGAGUGAGCCAGCGGUACGGAAGCUAAUGGAGGACUGGAGCUACUUCUACCCUAUGGUGCUCCAGCAAAAAGAGGGAAGUGGAGAGAAGGAAAAAGAAGAAGCAAGCCAGGCCUACGAUCGCAACUGUCACGUGGCAGUUGAGGUCAUCGUAGGUGGUGUGAGGAUGACCUACCCAGCUGCUUUUGUGCUGAUUGCCCAGGGGGACCUACCAGUGGAGCAGCCUCCACCUGUUCCUGUAGCUCAGGGCCUCAACAGGGAGCCGAACCACUGCAGCGUGCCGCUCACACCGCCAACGUCACCAGAGCAGCCCUGCUCAGCGGACAGUGGCUUUGUGACCUCCGUCUCCAGUGUUCCCACACCAGACAGCAGCAUGGGGGUCGCUAGCAUCAGCCCAAAGCAUUCUGGGAAGAAGCUUACUUGUCAGGUGGUCCAUCAGGCCUGGAGGGAGUGCUAUCUCAACCAGCCUCAGCAUGUACUGAAUCCGCCAUCUGACGUGACGCCUAAGAAGGAAGUGCCAAAUGGAGUUACCACGUGGGACUUCAACGAUCUGGGAGCGAGAGCGCCCUGCAGCUGCUCCAGGUUGAGGCAGCAGAAGCUGAAUCUGGCCACCACAUCCACUGCCAAUGUCCAGACUAGUGCCAACCCCACUCAGUCCUCUGGCCCGUCAUUAUACCCUCCUUCCCUGCCCAAACACAAGACCAGUGACAAAACAGAAAAGGCUGACAAACAGUCCAAGAGGCCAGCCAUGAUCCCAUUCCACCACCGGCUGUCUGUCACACAGGAAACCCCACUUGAACAGGACUCACCAGGAGGGCCCCAGCUCGGGGGUCUUGUGGCACUGGAACCACCCUUGGAGCCUCUGGCCGCUCUGCCAAGUUGCAAGUAUCCCAAACCGCUCUCCAGGAAAGCCCCUGAGUCCCUUCUGCAUUCGCCGAUGUCUCCACUUCCGCCCACACUCAGCCCACACCCUCGGGUGCAGGACCCAGAGGUUCUGGAGGGGCCUGUGGAUAUGCCUGUCUGUCCAGAUGGAGCUUCAGGGCUGGGGGUGAUCACCAGCGAGACAGCUGUGUAUACAGCUCUGUUGAAGCAGAGGGAGAAUGGGGCUGGCUGGUGGAGAGGCUUCAGGACUCCCAGAACUGAUAAGACUGACUACAGACCCCCUGACCUCCCCUCUGAAAAAUCAGAGGAAGUGAAGACAGAGACAGCCAGUGAAGGAGCUCCACUAAAGAGACUAUACACACAGACUCACAAGAGAUUUAAAAUCUCAGAGGAGAGGGUGAGGGACCACAUCCACACUUUGGGCCUGUUCCAGCAGCCAGGCGUGGAGGCACUGCGGGAGCCUGGGGAUGAUCCCUACGACUUUAAGGAAGGAGACAUUGAGUACACUUUCUCCACUUCCAAGAGAUUAAAGGGUCAAGGACGAGAACCCAGCAAGAAGGCCAAGGGAGAAGAAAUCACCAGCAAUGGAGCACUGCCUGAUGGGAAAGAUGCUAUGUCCAUUUUUAACUCGGCUCCAAAAUCAGAUGAAUCAGGUCAAGAUGACGGAGCUGCCAAAGCCAAUCCUUCCUUGACCAGAGAAAAAGAUCUGGUGGUCAACAUCUCUGAUCUAGACAACAUAUUUGAUGAAGAUGAGGAAGAGUUGGGGACUGUUUACCCCAACCAGCACUCAGCAAAGCUGCCGGUGACGACAGAAGAUCGGCCUCUCGGGAAGGAAGGGAGAGUUGCAGUACCUUAUCCAUCAACAGUAGCAGACCUCCAGCGGAUGUUUCCCACCCCACCUUCUCUAGAGCAGCACCCAGCUUUUUCUCCUAUCAUGACGUAUCGUGACACCCCGAGUCAAGAGCCACCCGCACCCAGUGGAGCAGCUGACCACCUGGCGCCUUUAGCCUCCACUCAGUUUACUGAAUACAGGAUGGAGAUGGAUGAUAGCAUGGCCAGUCCCAGACAGGAGGAUAUCAAGGAUAACUUGCUGUUUAAUUACUUUCACAAAUUGCUUAAAUUCCAGCCACAAAUAGGCUCCUCCAUGUUUGCCCCACUAUCCUGCCUACCCAGCCAGAGUCUACCACCACUCAAGAUUCCUGAGCAGUGUUACUACCGUCCAUCCUGGGCCCUCUUGCCCAAAAUGGAGCAUUUCCCCGCAGUCAUGCAUCCCCAAAAUACCACUUUCAUCAGGGAUGGAUACACAAACAUCCCCAGUGUCAACACUCUCACAGAUCAGGAAUAUGGCCAGAUGAGUGCCAACGCUGCUUCUGUGAGCACCACUGUUGGUAUACUCCCAUCUCCUGCCACUCCCCGCUUCUCUGUGCCCACUCCACGUACCCCUCGUACACCAAGGGGUAUUAAUGCUGCAAGUUCUGGGCAGGGUUCGGUGAAGCAGGAUGGUACUGAGCUGAGCUCACCAGCCUCUACGCCCUCGACCAGCCUGCCUCUCAGCUCUGUGGAGCCCCUAGCUCGGCCAGGACCCUCUCUGCCUGAGGCCCACAGCCUGUAUGCUAUCCUCCUCCUCUCAGACUCCGUCCUCAACGUCUUCAAGGAUCGCAAUUUUGACAGCUGCUGUAUCUGUGCCUGCAAUAUGAAUGUCAAAGGAGCAGAUGUGGGGGUGUAUAUCCCAGAUUCUACCUGUGAAGAUCAGUACCGCUGUAUGUGUGGAUUCAGUGCCAUUGUGAACAGGCGGCUGGCCCACGGAACAGGCCUCUUCCUGGAGGAUGAGCUGGAUAUUUAUGGUCGGACUUCUGAAGUGGGCCGGGCAGCAGAGAGGAGGCUGGCUCUUUGCCGGCGGGACCCAACUAUGGGAGACCCCAGGGCCAAGCGGCCUCAGGACGCAGCCCCUGCUUCACCGUUGGUCAUGAUCCUCCUGCAGGAACAGUGCUCCCAGCCGAUUUCAUCCCUGACAUCACUGCACCUCCCCCUCAGCUGUUCCUGCCAUGGCCGCAAGGGGGCACUGCUGCAAAGCUGGAUGUCAGAAAAGCAGUGGGCAGAUGGGAGUGAUGCCUGUAUGGAGUGUUACAAUGCCUUGGAACAGGGGCUGCAGUAUGUGGAUAACCCCACAGGAGGGAAAGUAGAUCCAGCUGUUGUCAGAAGUACAGCUCUUCACUCCUGGCCUCACACUAACGUGGUGGACAUGAGCAUGUUGUCGUCCCAGGACAUGGUUCGCAUGCUGCUGUCUCUGCAGCCUUUCCUGCAGGAUGCCAUCCAGAAGAAGAGAACGGGCCGGACCUGGGAAAACAUUCAACAUGUUCAAGGUCCACUCACCUGGCAGCAGUUCCAUAAGAUGGCUGGAAGAGGCUCCUACG